GCUUCGCUUGUGUGGCAGCGACCCGCAGCAGUGCUUUUUCCAGAGUGCAAGGUGUUCAAUGGCACAGGUGACAGCCAAGGUGGAGGGCCCCAUGGCAGUCGGUUGGUCGGACCCAAAGAAAUGUCUGUUGGAGCACAAGGACGAGCUGCAGGAACCCGACGCUGAGCCAAGCCGACAGCAGUCUACACACUCCACACUGUCUGAGGACUUGCAGGUGGAGUUGGACGAGGUGAAGCGACAGUUGAGUCAGGCUCAAGAAGCCGCGGUCGAGGCCAUCGGGCGUGCGAAGACGGCUGAAGAGAAGAUGGCCAAAGAGGUGAGAGAGCAAGAAGAGCGCAAGGUCUCGGCGCGUAAAUUGCUGGAGGAAGCCCAGCGCAAGCGUCGCUUCCAAGAAGCCAAAGCAAAGGCUGAAGGCCUUGAGCCUGUGCUGAAGGAAAGGAGUCCCACCAGCUUGACACUGCCGCGUCCGGCACAAGGUGGCAAGUCCUCUGGGAAGUCUUCUGCUCAAAGCCCCAAGGGGAUCAGAACCGUCUUCAAGCUCAAGCGAGAGGUCUCACGCCAACGUCAGGACGAAGUGCAGGCGGUGAAGCAGGCGGCAGAGCAGCGCAAGAAGGAGCUUGAGGCAAUCCUCAAGCAGGAGGAGCAGGAGCGCGAGAGCGUCGGCGUAUUGCAAGCCAAACUCACCAAUGCAGAGGUGCAAUUGGCACACAUGGCAGCCUAUGCGGAAAGGCUUGCAUUUGAAAAAGAGGAUCUUCUCUGCAGGCUGGUCCACUCUGGCAACAAGACACCUAUCUUUGUGAAGCCGAGUGCCAUCGGCCGGGUUCAGCGCCGCUUGCGCCGUACCUUCGGCUUCACCUUCGUGGUGCUCGUGUGUAUGGCCAUCAUCGCAUAUGUCAAGGCAUUUCACCUCAUUGACAUGAGCCUGGAAAACCCAGUGACGGGGCAUCCGGGUGAGUGA